CCAAAGUCGGGGUCGCCCCGCCCCUCCAGGCCCCGCCCCUCCAGGCCGGGGAUGUCCCCGCGCUCAUGGUCCUGACACUGCUGCUCUCCGCCUACAAGCUGUGCCGCUUCCUCGCCAUGUCCGGCCCACAGCCGGGCGCCGAGCGGCUGACGGUGCCGGGGACUGAUGGAGGCAGCGGCGCGGGCCCGUGGUGGGCUGCGGGCGGCCGCGGGCCCCGUGAGGUGUCGCCUGGGGCGGGCACCGAGGUGCAGGGCGCCCUGGAGCGCGCGCUGCCCGAGCUGCAGCAGGCGCUGUCGGCGCUGAAGCAGGCAGGCGGCGCGCGGGCCGUGGGAGCCGGCCUGGCCGAGGGCUUUCAGCUGGUGGAGGAGGCCUGGUUGCUGCCGGCCGUGGGACGCGAGGUGGCCCAGGGUCUGUGCGACGCCAUCCGCCUGGACGGUGGCCUCGACCUGCUGUUGCGGCUGCUGCAGGCGCCAGAGCUAGAGACGCGCGUGCAGGCCGCGCGCCUGCUGGAGCAGAUCCUGGUAGCUGAGAACCGGGACCGCGUGGCGCGCAUCGGACUGGGUGUGAUCCUGAACCUGGCGAAGGAGCGCGAGCCGGUGGAGCUGGCGCGGAGCGUGGCCGGCAUCUUGGAGCACAUGUUCAAGCACUCGGAGGAGACGUGCCAGCGGCUGGUGGCUUCCGGCGGCCUGGACGCCGUGCUGUACUGGUGCCGCCGCACAGACCCGGCGCUGCUGCGCCACUGCGCCCUGGCGCUGGCCAACUGCGCGCUGCACGGGGGCCAGGCUGUGCAGCGGCGCAUGGUGGAGAAGCGCGCCGCCGAGUGGCUCUUCCCGCUUGCCUUUUCCAAGGAGGACGAGCUGCUGCGGCUGCACGCCUGCCUCGCCGUGGCCGUGUUGGCGACCAACAAGGAGGUGGAACGCGAGGUGGAGCGCUCGGGCACGCUGGCGCUCGUGGAGCCGCUCGUGGCCUCGCUGGACCCCGGCCGCUUCGCCCGCUGCCUGGUGGACGCCAGCGACACCAGCCAGGGCCGCGGGCCCGACGACCUGCAGCGCCUCGUGCCGUUGCUUGACUCGUCGCGCUUGGAGGCGCAGUGCAUCGGGGCUUUCUACCUCUGCGCCGAGGCUGCCAUCAAGAGCCUGCAGGGCAAGACCAAGGUGUUCAGCGACAUUGGUGCCAUCCAGAGCCUGAAACGCCUGGUUUCCUACUCCACUAAUGGCACCAAGUCGGCACUGGCCAAGCGCGCGCUGCGCCUGCUGGGCGAGGAGGUGCCGCGGCCCAUCCUGCCCUGCGUGGCCAGCUGGAAGGAGGCCGAGGUCCAGACCUGGCUGCAGCAGAUCGGCUUCUCCCAGUACUGCGAGAGCUUCCGGGAGCAGCAGGUCGAUGGCGACCUGCUUCUGCGGCUCACAGAGGAGGAACUCCAGACCGACCUGGGCAUGAAAUCGGGCAUCACCCGCAAGAGGUUCUUUAGGGAGCUCACCGAGCUCAAGACCUUCGCCAACUAUGCUACCUGCGACCGCAGCAACCUGGCCGACUGGCUGGGCAGCCUGGACCCGCGCUUCCGCCAGUACACCUAUGGCUUGGUCAGCUGUGGCCUGGACCGUUCCCUGCUGCACCGAGUGUCCGAGCAGCAGCUCCUGGAGGACUGUGGCAUCCGCCUGGGCGUGCACCGCGCCCGCAUCCUCACAGCUGCCAGAGAAAUGCUGCACUCCCCACUGCCCUGCACUGGCUUUAAGCCCAGUGGAGAUACCCCAGAUGUCUUUAUCAGCUACCGCCGGAAUUCAGGCUCCCAGCUGGCCAGCCUCCUGAAGGUGCACCUGCAGCUGCAUGGCUUCAGUGUCUUCAUUGAUGUGGAGAAGCUGGAAGCAGGCAAAUUUGAAGACAAGCUCAUCCAGAGUGUCAUGGGUGCCCGCAACUUUGUGCUGGUGCUGUCAGCCGGGGCAUUGGACAAAUGCAUGCAAGACCAUGACUGCAAGGACUGGGUGCACAAGGAGAUUGUGACUGCUUUAAACUGUGGCAAGAACAUUGUGCCGGUCAUUGAUGGCUUUGAAUGGCCUGAGCCCCACGCCCUACCUGAGGACAUGCAGGCUGUGCUUACUUUCAACGGCAUCAAGUGGUCCCAUGAGUACCAGGAGGCCACCAUUGAGAAGAUCAUCCGCUUCCUGCAGGGCCGCUCCUCCCGGGACUCAUCUGCAGGCUCUGACACCAGUUUGGAGGGUGCUGCACCCAUGGGCCCGACCUAACUGGUUCCCAGUUCCCAAGCCCUGCUGUGCCUCCCAUUUCUAUGUCCUCCCUGAAGGAACAGCUCCUCAAACCAGCCUCCCUGGGCCGAGACAUCCUGGGCUACUCUCAGGAAAUGGCCCUCCCUGUCCCCCACCCUCACAGCCCGUCUCAAACCCACCUUCCUCAGUACCUGGCCCUGCCUUCAGGUGCUCUGUCUUGGACAUGGGGAAGGUCCCUCUCAGUCCUGGAGACGCUGGCGAUGGUGGGGGCUGCUGCACACUCUCCCUUCUACUGCCCUGACAGCAGCCAGCUUGAGGAGGGUGAAGGCAGGCAGCCUCUAGCAGGAAUUAGGGCAAUUCCAGCCAGGGAUGAGAGGCCAGCAAUGGCUCUCCACCCAGACUGUGCCUGGCCCCUGGGCUCACCACUCCCUGCCGCACUGUGGCCUUGACCUGUAACCACUCAGUGUCCUUAGCUGCCUGACUAGGUCCCAGGUCCCUUCCCAGCCUUCCUUCGGGGAGGCCUCCUUUGCCACAUCCGGGUUGGGCCGAGCCAGCCCUCACUCUGGCCAGUCUACAGCUGCGGCCAGCUUUGCUGCACUAGCUGGUGCACAAAAGCCUCCUACUUGGGCCAGGGUCUGGGCAAGGGGAGGCCAUGUCUCCAAGCCCACCCAACCCCAUGACCUGGUGCUGUGCCUCAGGCUCCUGCCUGGCCUGGCCCUGCUGUCUUCCCCAGCCCCUCACCCACCCAAGGCUGCCCACCCAUUUGCUCAGUGGGUGAGGAGGACCAGGCAGCCCCCUGGCAGCAACAGCAGCCUGGGCAGAACCUGCAGCUCUGUGGGAAGAGGCAAGAUCCUGAGGAAGGGCAAGGGUUUCUACCUAGGGCAGUUUCUCCAACUUUAAUGUGCCCAUAAAUCUCCUGGGAAUCUUGUUAAAAUUCAAUCCAGGAGAUCUGGGGUGGGGCCUGAGAUUCUGCAUUUCCCACAAGUUCCCAGGUAAGCUGAUGUUGGUGUUCCAGGGAGGACACUUUGAGCAGCAAGUCUCUAACACACGAAUCCCUGACAAAUCUUUUCCAUUUCCCAAACACUCCACUCCGUGGUCUCUGUAAUCAUUGGUGCAACCCAAUCUGGCAUUGUCUGCUUUUUACAGAUAAGGAAAUUGAGUCUCAGAAAAGUUGAGUGAUGAGUCCAGCUUCCCAAGUCAUUAGUGGCAGCCUCAGGAUCCAGACCCAGACCUCCUGGCACCAAGGCAGGUGGUGGAAUUGCUCUGAGAAUCACCCUGCAGGCUGUGCCCGAGGCAGGGCUGUUGCUUCUCCUUUGUCCCAAAGGAUCUAGCAGUGUGGGAUGAGUUCUAGCAACAAAAGGCUGACCCAGGGGCCAUACAGAAAUAACUGAGCAUGAAUGUCCCUCUGCCCCACCCUCUAAUAGACCCAGGCUCCAGCUAGUGCAGUCAGCCGGAAGGUGCCCUGCCUCUUCCCACCUCAAGUCUGGCUGAACUCCCAGACCCCUUCCCCACGGUGCUGGCCAGGUUACUCCUAGCUCUCGGGCCACAUCAUCAGAUAGUCAAAGGUCUCUAGGCUUGGGACUCCUUCCCUCCCCUUCACUCCCUGCCGGAGAUACUGUCUUCAGCCAGUCCUGGCCAACUUUUGGCUUUGACUGCACCUGAUCCUCUUUCCUUGAUGCAGCACGAGUGCUCCCCAGUGCCAGUCCCAGGGCUAGGUCCUGGCACGAUGAACAAGGCAGACCAGAUGCUGCCCUAGAGCAGUCAAUAACAAUACAGUGUAUGCGUACCUCCA